AUGUUAGUGUAUGUUUUUCAAAUUAUCCUCACUGCGGCAAGUCUUCGUGCUAAUGAUAAAUUUACAAGAACAAACAAUAACGAUUUACAAAAAUGUCUUUCAUCGUCAUUGCCAUUAUCGAUACGUACUGUUUAUCCAUGUAGCACAUUAACAAAUCAAAAGAAUUCUCAAUACCAAUGUGAUCAUUUCAAUGUUAGUGGAUUGUCGAGUGUUCGUGGUGGUCGAAUUUCUCAUUCGCCUGCUGUUAUUGUUUAUGCAACAAGCAGUAGCGAUAUUCAAAAUGUGGUUAAAUGUGCAACAAAACUGGAUUACAUUGUGAAUGCAUUAGGUGGCGGUCAUAAUUAUGAAGGCUAUGGUUUAGGUUCAAUGUACAACAAUAUUAUUAUUAAUAUGGAAGCAAUUAAUUACAUCAAUAUUAAUCAACAUGAUAGAACUGGCACAUUUGGAGCUGGUGCAAAAGUCGGUCCAAUCUAUUACAGAACAUAUCAAUAUGAUAAUUAUACAAUUAACGGUGGAUCUUGUGCAUGGAUGGGAGUGGCUGGUAAUGCACUUGGCGGUGGCUAUGGUUAUCUUGUUCGAUUAUAUGGAUUAUUAUCCGAUAAUAUUUUGGAAAUGAAAGCUGUUAACGCUCAAGGUGAAUUAUUGACAAUAAAUGAAACUCAUGAACCCGAAUUAUAUUGGGCAUUACGUGGUGCUGGUGGAGGUUUGUUUGUUAUUGUGACAGAAUUUAAAUUUCAAUUAGUUAAAUCUCCGUCACUUGUCACGAAAUUUUCAUUUACUUGGGAUGCGAAUGUAACAAAAUUAGUAAUACAAAAAUAUCAAUCAUUGUUAUUCAAUGAGAAAAUAUUCAAUAUAAGUAAUAAUAUAUUUUGGCAAAUGCAUGUAGAUAAUAUUCAUACAGUCAUUUCAAUAUGUUAUUUUGGUAUCGAAUUAGAAGAGUUUAAUAAAACUAUAUCGUUAUUAUUAGCAACGUUACCAAUUCCAAAUAAAACUGAUGUAUAUAAACAAGAUUGGUUGACUUUUGUUUAUGAAAGCUCAGGUAUUGAUGAUCCUACGGGUGAUCAUCAACAAUUGUUACUUGAGAAUUUAACAUAUCCAACAUCUUAUUUUAAAGCUAAACAUUUAUUUUAUGAUCAACCGAUAAGUGAUCAUAGUCUUGAUCAAUGUAUUGAUCGAUUAGCGUUAAUUGAUGGUCAAAUUGCUAUGUCAUUUAGUCCUUGGGAUGGAUAUUUAAAUAUAAUUCCAGUUGAUAAGACUGCAUUUCCAUAUAGACGUUUUAAAUUUGGUAUUCAGUUCACAAUUUCUUGGAAUGAUGGACAACAUGAAGAAGAACAAAUGAAUUUUUUAAAUGAAGUAUAUUUGACUCUCUACAGUGACUCAACAAAACAUUCAUAUAUUAAUUAUAUUGAUAGAGAUGUACCAAAUUGGAUGAAUGCUUAUUAUCAUACACAUCAACAACGUUUAAUUAAUAUUAAAAAUAUUUAUGAUAAAAAUAAUCGAUUUUAUUUUGAAAAAACAAUAGAAUCAAUUGGAGGAAAUCAUAAUCCAUUUAUGAACCUUUAUUUUGCAAGCUUUACUAUAUUUGUGUUUUCCAUUAUAUAA